CGCCCGCCUGCGCGGCGGAGCCACUGCGGCGCGGGGGGCGGGCCGCGGGGCGGGGAUUGUUUACGUCUCGUUCGGGAGCGGAAAGUAGGUCACGGCCGGCCCGGCGCAGCGCGGCGGCGGCGGAGCGGCUGCAGUUUCUGUCGGCCAUGGCCAGGCGCCCCCGGAGCAGCAGAGCGUGGCAUUUUGUGCUGAGUGCAGCGCGCCGAGACACAGACGCGCGGCCCAUGGCUCUGGCCGGGACCGCCAGCUGGGGCUACGACUCUGAUGGGCAGCACAGUGACUCAGACUCAGACCCCGAGUACUCAUCCCUGCCGCCGUCCAUCCCCAGCGCGGUGCCCGUCACUGGGGAGUCCUUCUGCGACUGUGACAGUCAGAGUGAGGCCUCCUUCUGCAGCAGCCUGCACGCAGCGCACCGGGGCAAGGACUGCCGCUGCGGGGAGGAGGAUGAGUAUUUCGACUGGGUCUGGGACGACCUGAAUAAGUCCUCGGCCACUCUGCUGAGCUGCGACAAUCGGAAGGUCAAUUUCCACAUGGAGUACAGCUGUGGCACGGCGGCCAUCCGGGGCACCAAGGAGCUGGGGGAGGGCCAGCACUUCUGGGAGAUCAAGAUGACCUCACCCGUCUACGGCACCGACAUGAUGGUGGGCAUUGGGACGUCAGACGUGGACCUGGACAAGUACCACCACACGUUCUGCAGCCUGCUCGGCAGGGACGAGGACAGCUGGGGCCUCUCCUACACGGGCCUCCUCCACCACAAGGGCGACAAGACGAGCUUCUCCUCAAGGUUCGGCCAGGGCUCCAUCAUCGGGGUGCACCUGGACACCUGGCAUGGCACGCUGACCUUCUUCAAGAACAGGAAGUGCAUAGGGGUGGCGGCCACCAAGCUGCAGAAUAAGAAGUUCUACCCGAUGGUGUGCUCGACGGCGGCCAAGAGCAGCAUGAAGGUGAUCCGCUCGUGCGCCAGCAUCACCUCCCUGCAGUACCUGUGCUGCUACCGCCUGCGCCAGCUGCGGCCCGACUCGGGGGACACGCUCGAGGGCCUGCCGCUGCCACCUGGCCUCAAGCAGGUGCUGCACCACAAGCUGGGCUGGGUCCUGAGCAUGAGCUGUGGCCGCCGCAAGUCCCCGGCACCGUCGCCCAAGGCCUCGGCCGGUCCCAGCAGCCCUGAGACCCGGCGCUGCCAGAGGAAGCGCUGUCGACGGACCUAACUUAUCUUCCGUGGAAACUGCCUUCCGCAGCCGCAACCAGAGCCGGGCAGAGUCGUCUCGGCCCCUGCCUCCAGGCAACAGGAGAGGGAGGAGUGGAGCUGAGCUGUCUUCGCUGUUCCUCUGCCGCCGAGGCUGGGACAGGCCCUGUGACCCAGAGACCAAGGCUGUCCAGUCCAUCUGCUUCCUGGGACAGGUGCAGGGCCUCCUGGGCACAGCGCUCUGGCUCUUGGGGACUCAGACUGCGGGCCCGGGCAGCUGGGCCCAGAGGCUGUGCGCUGCCGCCGAGGAGGACGGCCUCGCCGGAGGCCAGCUUUUCCGUCGCUGGCAGCCUCGGGUCUUUCUUAACUUGCUUUGCAUGUUGUCAGCUGCCGUUCCUCCCUCCGAGACUGAAGUGACGGUAAUAAACUCGGUUUGCGUCUGGCA